AUGACCUCAAGGUCAAACAUUACUCUAUACACCUGUCAGAAAGAAUUUCCAAAUACUUUUAAUAUUCUUAAUAAUACAUUGGUGUGUACUUACUGUGAACAUUCAGUUAGUUGGAAGCAAAAAGUCAGUAUUACCACUCAUGUUAAUUCUAAAACCCAUUUAAAAAACAAAAAAAAUUAUGAAAUAGCAGCUCAACAUAGACAGUCUCAAACUUUGGAGGAUUCUAUAUCC